GCCACAAGCCCCGCCCCAUCUCCACGCCCCCACGCACAAGCCCCGCCCACUUCGCAAUGCCCCCACCCCCGCAUCAAGCCCCGCCCCCAGCCACAAGCCACGCCCUCAACACAGCGUCUAUCGCGUUCCAGCCACAAAGCUCCGCCCACGUCGCCAUGGUAACCACUCGCUGAUAUCGGCGGGAAAGUCGUGGCCCCGCCCUCGCGGUGUGCGGAAGCGCGCUCGCCGCCCCAUGGCCGCCACGGAGCGCGAGGUGCUGCUGGGGCUGCAGAAGGCGCUGUCAGAGGAGCAGUUCCAGACCUUCAAGUACCUCCUGGAGGAGCAGCUGCCCCUGUCGCGGCUGCAGGCGGCCACGCGCCCCGAGCUCUGCACCAUGCUGCUGCAGCACUUCCCCGGCCGCGCGCUGCACGUGACCGCCGCGGUCCUGCGCCGCCUGCCCCGCCACGACCUCAUCCUGCAAUACCGCCUGCCUGGCGAGGACGCGGCUGCCACGGUGCCUGGAGAGGUUGCCAGGGGUGGCUCUCAGGAAGCUGGUAGCCCUCGAGACGCCGGUGGAGGCCCUGCGGACGCUGGUGGCAGCACUCAGGACGCCGCCAUGGACACACCAGGAUGCGGCGGCGGCCGGCUGCUGUCGGAGCGGGACCUGCUGCGGGUGGCCCAGCUGCUGGGCCACGAGUGGCAGGAAGUGGGCGUCCUGUGCCUGGGGCUGCAGCGCUGCCGCCUGGAGCAGAUCCGCGAGAACAACCCGCACCGCGCCGCGCUGUGCAGCUUCGAGAUGCUGCGCGAGUGGCGGCGGCGUGAGGGGGCUGCGGCCACGGCCCCCCGCCUGCGCGACUGCCUGCGCCUGGCACAGCUUGACCCCGAGGUGUUCGCCCUGCUGCAGCAGCUGUAGGGGGGGGGGAGUGGGAAUAGGAUGGGGUUGGGAUGGCAGUGGGAAUAGGAAUAGGAUGGGAUUGGGGUGGGGGUGGAUUGGGGGUGGGAUUGGGAUGAAACUGGAAUGGGGACGGCAGUGGGAAUAGGAAUGGGAUGAGAUGGAGAUGGGGUGGGACAGGAAUGUGCCAGUGGGACACCCCAGCUUUUUUGGGGUCAUUUUAUGCUGAAAACAGCAACCGCGCAGUAAAAGCGUAUUUCUUCCACCCA